AUGAGCGCCAAGGUGUGGUGCCUGCUGCUCUGCUUGGCUCUACCCGGAGCAGCAGAAACCGCGCCCCGUGUGACAGAAAGGCAGUGGCGGGCAGUGGAUGUUGUCUUAGAUUGCUUCUUGGUGAAGGAUGAUAGGCUUGGUGGAACUUUUGCCAGUAAUGGAAACAGGGCCAAGGCCUUGCUCGUGCUAAGGCAGGUGCCAGUACUGGAUGAUGGCUCCUUGGAAGACUUCAUGAAUUUCCAAGGGGGUACCUUGGCCAAAGACGACCCGCCUGUUACUUUUGAGACCUCAGUGGACCUGGUACAGAUUCCCCAAGCCAAAGCCUUACUCCAUGCUGACUGCAAUGGGAAGGAGGUGACCUGUGAGAUCUCCCGCUACUUUCUCCAGGCCACACAAGCGGUCACAGUUGAGACAGCAGCUUGGUUCAUCACUAACAUCCAGGUGUCUGGAGGAGGACCUAGUGUCUCCACGGUGAUGAAGACCCUUGGGAAUGCUGAGACUGGGGUUGUCUGGCACCCUACACUGAACCUGCCCCUGAGCCCCCAGGGCACUGUGCAGACUGCAGUGGAGUUCCAGGUGACAACACAGAGCCCAUCCCUGAAUUCCCUGCUGGGGGCCACAGCCUCCCUGCACUGUGGCUUCUCCAUGGCACCAGGCUUGGACCUCAUCAGUGUGGAGUGGCGGCUGCAGUAUAAGGGCAGUGGCCGGCUGGUGUACAGUUGGACCACAGGGCAGGGGCAGGCCAAGCGGGAGGGCGCUAUGCUGGAGCCUGAGCCACUCCUUAUUGCUGGCGAUGCCUCACUCACCCUACCCAGCCUCACUCCAAAGGACGAGGGGGCCUACAUUUGCCAAAUCACUACCUCUCUAUACCAAGCUCAACAAAUCAUCCAGCUCAACAUCCAAGCUUCUCCCAAAAUACGACUGAACUUGGUAAAUGAACCUCAGCUACCCACUCUCACCUGCAACAUUGCUGGCUAUUAUCCACUGGACGUGACUGUGACAUGGACCCGAGAGGAGCUGGAUGGAACCCCAGUCCAAGUUUCUGGGGCCUCCUUUUCCAGCCUCAGGCAAAGCACAGCAGGCACCUAUAGCAUCUCCUCCUCCCUGACAGCAGACCCUGGCUCUGCAGGCGCCACUUACACCUGCCGUGUCACACACAUCUCCUUGGAGGAGCCCAUUGUGGCCAGCACCUGGGUCGCCUCCCCAGAGAGGAGAGUGACCUUUGGAGUCCUCUUUGCCAGCAGCCUCUUCCUUUUUGCACUGCUCUUCCUGGGGCUCCAGAGGCGGCAAGCACCUGCAAGAGUUGGGCUGCUUCAGGUAUGA